AAGUUUCCACUAUGGAUGGCGACCUGGAACUUUUUUAAUGGAGAAAAGGCAGGAGGCGCGAGCACCACUCAAUGUAACGCCGGCCUAUCUGCCGCCUCGCCCCUGGAUGCUGUCAAAGUUGUCAGAUCUUCCGUCACAACUCAGGACAAUGACAAGAAGGUUCGGGACGGCGGCCUGGGUCCCGGUAUGUGCAGUGCUACGUAG